AUGGGAGAGGCUCAGGUAUCGCAACAGGAAAAGGUCCCAGCCAAACCUACCUCAGCACCAGCCCUGCGUCAACCCAAUGCAGACUCGCCUAUCACUUCAGGGGAUCCCAUUGUUCUUCCACCAGGAAUCAGCUCCCAGACUUUCAAGUCUUUCACCCAACGGCUGGUAGAUAUCGUCGGACAGGAAAAUGUAACCAUCGUUUCAAAGGCGACAGACCUCUCUCAAGAGAGCUACCUGGAUCCCAGUAAAGCGCAUGAUAUGUUUCAUAUACUCGAUGCGCAGUACUUCGUCAGCUCGGCGGUCGUUGCGCCCAGAGACGUUCCGGAUGUCCAAGCGAUUAUGCGUCUUUGCAACGAAUUUGAGAUCCCAGUUUGGCCCUUCUCCAUUGGCCGGAAUGUUGGCUACGGAGGCGCAGCACCCAGAGUCCCUGGGAGCAUUGGUAUGGAUCUUGGACAGCACAUGAACAAGAUCCUGGAGGUGAAUGUGGAGGGCGCAUACGCACUAGUGGAGCCGGGAGUUAGAUUUUCCGACCUUCACGACUACUUGGUCGAGAAUAAUCUGAGGGAGAAACUCUGGAUUGAUGUGCCUGACAUUGGUGGAGGAUCGGUACUUGGAAAUACUUGCGAGCGUGGGGUGGGCUACACCCCAUAUGGAGAUCAUUACAUGAUGCAUUGCGGGAUGGAGGUGGUCCUGCCGGAUGGCAGCCUUGUUCGCACAGGAAUGGGCGCGUUGCCAAAUCCUGACGCAGAUCCCGGUCUGGGGCCUCAUGCACAACCCGGCAACGACUGCUGGCAACUUUUCAAUUACGGAUUUGGCCCAUACAAUGACGGUAUCUUCACACAGCCUGCUCUCGGUGUUGUGGUAAAGAUGGGCAUCUGGCUUAUGGCGAACCCAGGCGGCUAUCAAAGCUAUCUUGUCACGAUCCCACGAGACGAAGACUUGCACCAAGCGGUUGAGAUAAUUCGCCCCUUGCGGGUCGGCAUGGUUUUGCAAAAUGUGCCCACUCUUCGUCACGUCCUCCUAGAUGCUGCAGUAAUGGGCGACAGGAAGACGUACAGCAAUUCGACGAAGCCUCUGACCGACGCUGAAAUUGACGGAAUUGCCCGGAAGCUGAAUCUGGGGCGGUGGAACUUCUAUGGCGCUUUGUAUGGCCCGCCACUGGUGAGAGAAGCCAUGUGGCAGGUUGUCAAGGCUUCUUUUGGACAGAUUCCAGGCGCGAAGUUCUACUUCCCCGAAGACAUGCCCGACAACAAAGUCUUACAGAUCCGGGAUGGUACACUGCAAGGCAUUCCUUCGCUGGAUGAGCUCAAGUGGGUGGACUGGCUACCGAAUGGAGCCCAUCUUUUCUUUUCGCCCAUCGCAAAGGUUUCUGGCAGUGAUGCAACAGCACAGUACCAACUCACACGCCGGCGAAGCGAGGAAUUUGGCUUCGACUUCAUCGGCACUUUCGUCGUGGGAAUGCGAGAAAUGCAUCACAUUGUCUGUAUCGUCUUUGACCGAAGAGACGAAGACUCAAAGCGUCGGGCCCACAAAUUGAUCAGUACAUUGGUGGACGAUGCUGCGAAGCGAGGUUGGGGUGAAUACCGCACACAUCUUGCGUUAAUGGAUCAAGUUGCCGCAACAUACAACUUCAACGGCAAUGCUCUGAUGAAGUUGAAUGAGACAGUCAAGAAUGCAUUGGACCCAAAAGGGAUUCUAGCACCGGGAAAAAAUGGAAUUUGGCCACAGACAUAUGACAAGGCAUCGUGGAGAUUAUCCCCACAAUAG